AUGUAACAAACUCAUUAAUUACUUGAUUCAAUUGAGAGAAAAGUAUCGAAUUGUGUCAUAAGAGAUUAACAAUAUGAAAAAUUGCUUUUUAGUGGCAGACCUUCACAUAUUGAGAAUACAGUUGAUAGAUAAUAAAAAUAAUUAGGAGAUUCAAAAAUUACAUUGCUUGAUCAUCAUUACUAAAAGAAAUUUGAAAAGAUGGGGUAAAGAUUAGAGAAUUUAGAAAAAGAAAAAGAAGUCAAAAUAUAAAUUACAAGAGAAUAAUAAACGAGUGAUUUUGAAUAAGAAGAAGCUCGAAGUGUAAAUUUAAUAAUAAACAAGAUUAGUUAGUGAAUUUAAAUAGAACCAUAAAAUUAUACUAAUAACAAAUUUCUUAGUUAUAAGAAUAAAUGAAAAGAAUGCAAAUGAAUUAUUAGAAAUAAAUUCAAGAUCUUCAAAUAUAAUUAAGAAAAUAUUAACUUUGA